AUCGUCCACGCUCGUUUGUUGACAUAUAUAAAGAACAAGCUUGUGCUGUUUUUGUGGAUUUACAACAACUAUCAGGAUGUCGAGACUCAUCGUGAAGAACCUCCCUGACGGGAUGAAGGAGGAGAGGUUCCGCUCGAUGUUCGCGGCCUUCGGGACCGUGACGGACUGCUCUCUGAAGUUCACCAAGGACGGGAAGUUCCGCAAGUUCGGCUUCGUGGGGUUUAAAGCGGAGGACGACGCGGACGGAGCUCAGAAACACUUCAACAAGAGCUUCGUGGACACCUCCCGAGUGACGGUGGAGACGUGUAAGGCUUUUGGAGACCCCACCAAAGCAAAAGCCUGGAGCAAGCACACCCAGAUCUCCGGCCCGAACAAGUCCUCUCCUUCGGCUGCUACUGUCGGCAAAAAGAAAAAGGAAACCGAUGACAAACUUGGGAAUCUGGAAGAGGACCAGGGCUUCAAGGAGUUUCUGUCAGUGCAUCAGAACCGAAGCCAAGUCCAAACCUGGGCCAAUGACACGGUGCAGCAAACAGCCGAUCCUGACGCGGGACGGGCGAAGGCUCAGGGCAAGAAGAAGCCCGCUCUGGAUGACUACCUCAACUUUGACUCAGAGGAGGGGGAGGAAGACGAAGAUGAAGGCGCCACGAAAGAAGCUCUGAAGUCUGGCUUGUCAGAUAUGGAGUACCUGCGCUCCAAAGUGGCACAGACCGACGCCACCGUGGAGGAGAGUGAGGAGAAGCACGAUGGUGAUGACGAUGAGGACCGCGGUCCCAUGCAGCUCUCAGACAGCGCCUACGAGAGCGGUGACCGAGACGCCGCGUCCAAGACCAAAUCCUCUGUUUCUUCUAAGGAUAAGAAGCAAAGCAAAGCAAAGAGAACUGCCAAGCAAGAGACGGAGCCGACGACAGAGUUCACAGUGAAGCUGAGAGGAGCCCCGUUCAACGUGAACGAGCAACAAAUCCGAGAGUUCAUGACGCCACUGAAACCUGCAGCCAUCAGGAUUGGGAAGAACGACAGUGGAAAUAGGACAGGUUAUGUAUAUGUGGACUUGCACUCUGAUGAAGAAGUGGAAAAGUCUUUGAAGAAGAAUAAAGACUAUAUAGGCGGCCGUUACAUCGAGGUCUUCCGCGUGGAUGCUUCUGGGGGUAAAGGCAAGAAGGAAAAGAAGGACAAAGAAAUUGACAGGAACUUCACCAGGGAGCUUAAGGAGGAUGAGGAAGAGGAAGAUGUUGCAGAGUCGGGUCGACUCUUCAUCAGGAACCUUCCGUACACCUGCACUGAGGAAGAGAUCACACAGCUUUUUUCUAAACAUGGUCCUCUGUCUGAGAUGCUCUUCCCUAUCGACAAUCUAACAAAGAAACCGAAAGGCUUUGCUUUCGUCACGUACAUGAUACCCGAGAACGCCGUGACAGCGCUGGCUCAGCUGGACGGACAUAUAUUUCAGGGCCGGAUGCUUCAUCUGCUGCCCUCCACACUGAAGAAGGAAAAGACGGACUCUUCAGAUGCUGGUGGUCCUGGCUCUUCGACUUAUAAACGGCAAAAAGAUGCUAAAAACAAAGCUUCUAGUUCCAGCUCCCACAACUGGAACACCUUGUUUCUGGGCACAAGUGCGGUGGCAGAUGCCAUUGCUGAAAAAUACAACACCACAAAAAGCCAAGUCCUGGACCAUGAGUCCAAGGGAAGUCUUGCCGUGAGGAUGGCUCUGGGGGAGACGCAGAUUGUUCAAGAGACUCGUCAGUUUCUGCUGGACAACGGUGUCAGUCUGGAUUCCUUUAGUCAGGCGGCAGCAGCGAGGAGUACGACUGUGAUCCUGGUGAAGAAUCUUCCAGCUGGAGUGACGGCGUCAGAGCUGGAGGAGCUGUUCUCCCCUCAUGGCUCUUUGGGCCGGGUGCUGCUGCCGCCCUCCGGCCUCACCGCCAUCAUCGAGUUCCUCGAGCCAACGGAGGCCAAACGAGCCUUCACUCGGCUAGCCUACAGCAAGUUCCAUCACAUCCCUCUGUACUUGGAGUGGGCACCUGUUGGGGUGUUUUUGGCGGCCAAACCAGAACCAGUAGUACAAAAAGAGGAUGCAAUGACAGAGGAGAAGAAGGAUGAUGAUGAAGAAGAAGAGGAGGAACGGGAAUCUGCUCCCGGUUCAACACUUUUCAUAAAAAAUCUUAAUUUCAGCACGACACAGGAGAAACUACAGGAAACAUUCUCCAAAUGUGGCAAGAUCACAUCCUGUACCAUCUCUAAGAAAAAAGAUAAAACGGGCAAGGUGCUGUCCAUGGGCUAUGGCUUUGUCCAGUACCAGUCAGCAGAGGCAGCCCAGAAAGCCCUGAAGAAACUGCAGCACUGUAGUGUAGAUGAUCACCAACUAGAGCUGAAGAUUUCUGAGAGAGCCACAAGAUCCACUGAAGGGUCACGGAAGAAGAGGCAAGGCGAGAAGAAACAGACAGGAUCCAAGAUCCUUGUGCGAAACGUCCCCUUCCAAGCGACUGUCAGAGAAAUUCGGGAACUCUUCUGUACAUUCGGAGAGCUGAAGACGGUCCGUCUUCCAAAGAAAGCAGCUGGGUCAGGGAAUCACAGAGGCUUUGGCUUUAUUGACUUCCUCACCAAACAGGACGCUAAGAAAGCGUUUGCCGCUCUGUGCCACAGCACCCAUCUGUAUGGGAGGCGCCUCGUGCUGGAAUGGGCUGACGCCGAGGAAACAGUCGAGACAUUGAGACGGAAAACAGCUGAACAUUUUCAUGUGGCCACCAAGAAGCAGCGAAAUGCAGAAGUUUUGGAGGGAAUUAAUGACGCGAUGGAAACUGGAGAUGGGGAAGACUGAGUUGCCAAAACGUUAUCUCCUGAAGCCUGGACCAACGAUCCUGUGAUUGUCUGUAUGAACAGGACUGAACAAAAUAAGGACCUGAGCGCCGUGUGCAAAAGGAACUAAUUAUGAUGAUUUUAUCAACUUUGUGGAACUUCUGGACUUAUUACAUUAUUUCUAAUGGAUUGUAUAGAAUGAUGCCUCAAAUAAAUAUGUUUGGACUGAUGUUAGUUUUUCUAUAAAAUGUACUUUCAAGUUUUAAUAGUCUCAUGUUGUGUGGCCUGUUGUACUUAUAAUGUUUCCUACAUUUUGCUUGAAAAAAACUAAACAAAGUCUCUGCCUGAUGA